GAAGAGGACAGGACGGGACAGGAGAGUGUUUAUCACACAGCAGCAGCAGCAGGACUCCGAGUGAGGACACAGCUGUCUGUAGGACAGGAGUUACCUGGGGACAGGUCUGAUCCAUUCUGAUUCCGGGUUCUCACAUGACGCCGAGACUAAGAGCGUGAGCGGAUUGGACGCUUUUGGACCAACGGGAGCUUGCAGAAACGUCCACAUGCAGGUCUCCCAGCAGCUUCACGAUCUACCUUUAAACAGAAUGCAGUGAUGUCACAGUAAUGGCGUCGGCUGUGGCCAAUAGGAGUCGAGAAAACCAGUCGCUGGUCCCGAAGGGCGUCGACCCUGAGACAUGCAUGAUCGUGUUCAAGAACCACUGGGCUCAGGUGGUUAAGAUCUUGGAGAAACAUGACCCCUUGCGCAGCAGCGGAGCCUCACUCAGCCUCGCGGUUGGAGUUAGCGCCUUCAGAACUCACGGUCCCCGGCACGGGACGAUCCCACUGGACGAGGCGAGCACGGUGCAGAACUACGUAGAGCACAUGCUCCUCCUUUUGAUGGAGGAGGAGAGCGGAGUGGGCGGAGCCAUGGGUCCCAUUUUGGAGUUCGUUAUCAUGGAGAACGUGAUGGAGCGCUUGUUCGUGUGGAGCCUGAGACGCGAUUUCACCGAGCAGUCGAAGUUAGAGCAGCUCAAGAUGUACGAGAUGCUGAUCGGUCAGGCCAAGCAGCCGCUGUUGCAUCACAAGCCCGUUCUGAAGCCGCUCAUGAUGCUGCUCUCGUCCUGCUCGGGGACGGCCACGGGUCAGACAGGCGUUCCAACUUCCUCCAAGGUGGAGCAUGAGCUUGUUCUUCUCCUCCAUCAGCUGUGCUGCGUUGUCUCCAAUGAUCCCUCCAUCCUCGAGCUGUUCUUCCACUCCAGUGAGGAUCAGGGAGCCGCUAACUUCCUGCUCUUUUCCCUCCUUGUUCCCUUCAUCCACAGAGACGGAGCGAUCGGGCAGCAGGCUCGCGACGCCCUGCUGCUAAUCAUGACCCUGAGCAAUGACAACCAGCGCGUGGCCAUGCACAUCGCACACAACACCUUCUUCUGUCCGGUGUUAGCCACAGGUCUAAGUGGUCUGUACUCAUCUCUGCCUGCAAAGCUGGACGUGCCCAGUGAAGACUGGCACUGCAUACAGAAGGACGAGUGGCAGCAGGAGCCCGCACUCGUUCACUUCCUUAACUCACUCGAGUUCUGUAACGCCGUCAUGCAGGUGGCUCAUCCGUCCAUCAGAGAUCAGCUGGUUGGCUACAUCAUCAACGGCUUUCUGGUUCCUGUUUUAGGACCCGCGCUGCACAAAAUGACUCUAGAGGAAGUGAUGACCACCACGGCAUAUCUGGAUCUCUUCAUAAGGACCAUCACUGAACCUGCGCUGCUGCAGACCUUCCUUAGCUUCAUCCUCCUCCAUCGCCAUGACAACGUGCAUAUCCUGGACACGCUCGUCAGCCGUAUCAACACGCCCUUCCAGUUGGGCACCGUGUCUCUUGCGCUUUUCCGCACUCUAAUUAGUCUGUACUGCGAGGACGUCAUGCUUCAGCUCGUAUUCAAGUAUCUGAUCCCGUGUAAUCACAUGAUGCAGAGUCAGCGGCGUGUCCUGAACGAGCGAGACUGCUAUUCCGUUUCCGCGGCUAAAUUUCUCGCCCUCACUCCAUCCUGCUGCUCUCCAGACUUCAUCGCACCACCGAUCCGACAGCUCGACUCCAUCACGUGGUCCAAGGUCACUGAUGGAGCUCAGUCAGAAACGACGGAGGCGUGUUCAUCGGAGCAGGACGAUCCCGGUCACAUGUGUGUAAUCGGCUCAGAGAUUCAACUGGACGUCAGCUACCUGCAUUACCUCUACGACGCGCGUAACGGCAUCAGCAGCUGCAUGCGCGCGUGCCACAUCUGGUCCGCCCCCUACGAUGGCGUGACCCCGUCUCCCGAGGACAAAUCUCGCCCUCGUGUGAUGUCGAAAGCUCUCACUGAUGUCGCGUCCACCUAUGGCGUGGAACUCGAGUGGGACGACAGUUACGACGCGGGUUCCGCGCGAGCACAGCGUGAAGCAGAGGAAGAAGAGAACCGAGCUGCGGCCAGCACACCGAAUGAUCCUCCGCAGCACAUCCAGGAACUCCGAAAGACGGCCACGCUGCUCGUCAACGGCUCCUACGUGGAGGAGUCGGAAUUCCAGGAUGACGUCAUGGUGUACGACCUGGUGGCGCAGAAGGAUGCCAACGAGUCCGGCGGCAGAAAGACGAUCGUUUCCGAAGCAGGUGUCCCCGAAAAGCCGGAAGAGUCUGAUGGAAUGUCAGAAAUCCAGAACGGUCCGGUGCAGCCAGGGACGGAGACGCAAAACGGCGUAAAGAAUGAAGCCGAUCAGAACUUGCACGAAGUUCAUGUGGAGAACGAAGACGACUUGGUGACGCAGUACGAAGAGCUGAUCCGCACUCUGGUCGUGGAAGCAAAAAGUCCAACGAGGACGCAACAAGAGUUAAAAAAGUCCUUAAUGGAGGAAGGGGAGGACGUGGACUUCAACUCGUUUUCCGCGGAGACGUCGGAAGCGGAAAAAUCGCCCUCGCCGUAUAAGGCUAAACCUCACAGCGGAAGCGCGAGUCACUGCAUGCCUUUUACAGGGCCGUUCGUGAGCGUGCUGUUCUCUCGGCUGGAGAACAUGCUGGAGAACUCUUUGCAGGUUAACCUUCUGUUAACGGGGAUCAUCGGUCAGCUGGCUGUCUACUCCCAGCCCCUGCUGCGCUCCUUCCUGUUAAACACCAACAUGGUGUUCCAGCCCAGCGUACGCUCGCUCUACCAGGUCUUGGCGUCGGUGAAGAAUCAGAUCGAGCAGCUGGCAGCGAGGCAGAAGGAUUUUCCUGAACUUCUCUUGGCGGCUCAGCAGUGUCUCCUGGCCAGAGAGACUUCUCUCCCAGUGCAAGAUUCACAGAAUGCCGAGAAGAACGCGAAGAUGCGAUCCAUCCAACCCAAGACCGUGGUUCCUCCGAACAGGACGGAGGUUUACGCCACUGUCGUCUUCACCGAGUUCCUGAAAGAACUGGCUGCCAUCACCCAGGAGCACUCCAUCCUCUCGUACGUCCCCAUGGAGGAGUAGAGACGAGUGGACACGACCCUCUCACUUUCUCAACAGGAGAGCAGAACAAGCCUAAUCUGGACGUGGAGUACAGAUCACCAUUUCUUCUUUUAUUUGUUUUUGUCUUCCCUUUUCUGGUGGAAGAACAGAGUGAGCUUUAUUCUGCCAUCUCAACAUCUCUCUAUUUAUAAAAAAAAAACAACGAGGGUUAUGUUAGAAGGAAAACAUCUUUUUUUUUCUUUUUUUUUCCUUUUAAUCCAACAGAUUUUUAGGUCUGAGAACUUGAGUUUCUUUCAGUCUUUAAACAAUGGACGUGUGUUCGCUUCAUUUCUUCAUUUAGACAUUUUUAAACACACUGCUUAUCUCCAGAUCUUUAUUUUAUCUACUUUAAUCCUGACUACUAGACGAGACAGAAGGUCGCUGUCUUCUCAAACCUCUGGAAGCUCGAUCGAAGAGUACAGCUUUUCCCCCCAUCUCUCGAGGCUUGCUACAGUAGAUCAAGACACCACUUCACUCGUAGAUUAAUUUCCAUUUAGAGAAGCAGAGCUGCAUGUUUUCCACAUCAGCUCGCCAUCUUGGGAACUCUUACGCUUCCAGGCGGAGUAUCGACGCCUGUUAAAUCGUCUCUCGUCCUCCAGGAGAGCUCCUUAACCUUAUAACUUUUUUUUUUUUAAAGACUUUUAAACUUAGUGCAAUGUAGACAGAAGUACCUCUCACAUAAAUCCUGGAUUUAUGUCCUUAAUCGUCUGUAGGAAAACAUUUUAGAUGCUGAUUUCUCCAGUUUUUAGUGCUACUCAAUGGAAAA